AUGACUCCUCCUCCUCCCAUUUGUCUCUUGUUGAGAAUAACAGGUUCACCUUUUCUCGACCAUGUACACCACCCGUCAGGUCCAUCGAACUUUUUCAUCAGUAAAUAUCACUUUCUUGAAGUCGACAUGCUUUCUUUGUACAGUUCGAACACUGACGUCAAGUUCACACUUCUCCUUUACUUCGCUGUCACCUUUUCUCCAGAUGAUAACAACCUCGUAACACUCCUCUUCAUUCUUCUUUCUGUUCUCUUGGAAAUUGUUUUUUCCGUCCUUUCUUCCGCUCAUAGUCUGUACUUAGCAUGUAUUCAACUGUUGACUUCGGUAGCUUCCUCUCAAAGCGGCGAUCUUUCGGAUGCUGAGCCCGUCUUCUCUUUUCUUUUGGACCAAACUGUUGGUUGUAACGAAAUAUCUAUUAUCUUCAUUGCAAUCCCAGAAUAUCAGUCACACUGUCACCUUUGGUCUGUUUUAGGUAACCAUAUCUAUCUAUCUAUCUAUCUAUCUAUCUAUCUAUCUAUCUAUCUAUCUAUUUCAAUCAGCUCAGAUCUAUCUACAUAUAUCUAUAUUAGUAUUUUUAUAUCUAUCUAUCUAUCUAUCUAUCUAUCUAUCUGUACAUCUAUACGGAUUAAUACCAACAUUAAGAAAGAUUUUAUGAAAAUAGAGAAAGAGCGUAGCAUGAAUAAACUCAAAGAGGAAUCAUGUAAUUAA